CCGCGCAGGAGCUGCUCCGGAGGAAGGAAGAGUCCACCAAGAAAAGGCUCGAGGAGGAGGAGGAGAAGCGCCGCCUCGAGCAGGAGGCCGAGGAGGCCAAGCGGGCCAAGGAGCGGGAGAAGGAGGAGCAGCGCGAGAGGGAGAGGGAGCAGCGCGAGAAGGAAAAGCUGGAAGAGAAGGAGAGGGAGGUGGCCGCGGCAAAGGAGAAGGAGAAGGCCGCAAACGGCGGUCUGGGCUCCUUCUUCUCGAAGGGCAAGAAGAAGGUCGUCGGCAAGACUUCCGCGGCCGUCAAAGCCAAGGAGGAGGAGCCGGAGCCGUCGCAGGCCGCGGAGCCGAGGCCAGCGGCGCCGUCGCCGAGCCCAGAGCCAAGGCCCGCCGCCUCGCCGAGCCCGCAGCUGAGCCCGAGGCCGGACGAGGAGCCAGAAGGGCCCAGCUUCGCCCUCGCGCUGAUGGUCUACCGCGACUUCGCCGGAGACGUGCCAGAGGAGCUGGAGACGCUGAGCGCCAAGGAGGAUCAGGCGGGCUGGUCCACCGACAAGCACGGGUCCGCGCUCGGUGACCGGAGGCUCCAGCACGGGAGGACCACGAACGACAUGGACUCGGCGCCCGUGGACCGCAAGAUGUUCGGCAGCAGGAGGCCGCAGUCCUCUCGCGAGCUGGACAGCAAGGACAAGGACAGAGCAGACUUCCGCCGGCGGGACCGCGACGAGGAGCGGAUUCGGGAGGAGCCGCCACAGCCGGCGGCGAAGCUCGAGGUCAACCCGAACUCGUUCGCCGCCCGCAUGCGUGCCCGCCGUGCGGGUGCCGGGGGCGAGGACGACCCUGACGCGGCGGUGGUGCGCCAGCUGAAGUCGAUCCUCAACAAGCUGACGCUGGAGAAGUACGACACGCUGUCCCAGCAGAUCCUCGAGGUCCCGAUGAAGACCUCCACCCACGUGGAGCUCCUCAUCACCGAAGUGUUCGAGAAGGCCAUCACACAGCAUCCCUUCAUCAAUAUGUACACGGAUCUCUGCGUUCUGCUGCACGACCACUUCACCAACAACCCGAUAGCUGACGACGCCUUCAGUUUUAAGAAGCUCCUGUUGACCGAGUGCCAGAACGUGUUCGAACGGAACAAACAACCGCCGAAAGACCUUGACAAGAUGACCGAGGAGGAUCGGGUGAUCGCGGAGUUCAAGUACAAGAACCGCAAGCUUGGCAACGUCAAGUUCAUUGGCGCGCUGCUCGGACGCAGGAUGCUCGCUAGCAAGGUCUUCCUGUCGAUCGUCGAG